AAGAAUUUAAAGAAGAAGAGGAAUUUCAAGAAGAAGAAGAAGAAGAAGAAUAUCAAGAACAAGAAGAAGAAGAAUAAGAAUUUCAAGAUGAAGAAGAAGAAGAAGAAUUUCAAGAAUAAGAAGGAGAAGAAUUUCAAGAAGGCGAAGAAGAAGAAUUUCAAGAAGAUAAGGAAGAAGAAGGAUUUCGAGAAGGAGAAGAAGAAGAAGAAAUUCAAGAAGAAGAAUAAGAAGAAUUUCAAGAAAAAGAAGACCAAGAAGAGGAAUUUCAAGAAGAAGAAGAAGAUGAAUUUCAAGAAGAGGAAGAAGAAGAAGAAGAAUAUCAAGAAGAAGAAGAAGAAUUUCAAGAAGAAGAAGAUGAAGAAUAAGAAUUUCAAGAAGAAGAAGAAGAAGAAGUAUUCCAGGAAGAAGAAGAAGAAAGGGACUUUCAAAAAAAAGAAGAAGAAUCUCAAGAAGGAGAAGAAGAAGAAUUUCAAGCAGAAGUAG